AUGCCCUCGACGCUCGGCGAGCCAGCGCCCCGCAACUGGUGGUCGCUGUCUCGGAGUCCGAGCGGGAAGGAUCUGCACAGCAAAUUCACGCAGGAGAAGCCGAUGCGGCGCUCAGCCCCGGGACUGAGCUUCAACUCGUUCGCCAGCGCGAUUGGGCUCAAGACGAAGAAGCACCACAUCGCCAUCCAGGAGCCCCCGUCCCCCGUCGACCCACACCCGCCGCCCCUCGCCAGCCCCCGCUCAACCGGCACCCGGCCGGCCUCAAAGGCCGCAUCCUCCACCCGCUCCCGCGUCGACUCCCUCGAGCCCCGCACACCGCUCGACUACCAGCACCGCGACCGCCGCCACUCCCUCCUCACCCUCUCCGACACGGACCCCUUCGCCGGCCGGCCUCCCACCAUCGCCGCCCCUCUCCCGCACACUCCUUCCGACCCCAACCGCCUCUCGGCCUACUCAAACCCCUCAGUCACCGAUUUCGCGCACAGGAAAGGCACGGACCCGCCGCCAUUCAACCGUGUAUCGUAUGCCUCCACCUCAUCCAACUCUCAUGAACUUGUCCCCGCUGUACCAUUUUCACCCCCUCCCAAAGGCUCGUCCGAUGUCAGAAAACUUCAUACAAAACGCUCGGCUGGCAGCCUCCAGGUCCAGCGUUCCGACCUGCUAUCGCGCCAGACCUCCAUUCCUUCCCCAACGAGCCCGGCACCAUCAUCAGCACUGCCCAAUUCUGCUCAGAGCAGACCAAAAUUGCGCGCACGCGGAAUGACUGAUACUGGAACUUCCCACAAAGCUGGCUUCUUCGUCGAGGAUCGAUCUGCUUCCCGCAAGUCGUCCCAAAAGGCAACCUCCCCGAAGAACCCAACUCCAUCAUCACCCCAUGACAUACAGCUCAAGCCAGAGACUCCCAUCUCUCCUCGGGUUGUUAUCCGCCAGCCUUCUGUCUCCCGCUUCCAAUCUCCUCCCAGCGCUCCGCCUGUACACAGUCUUCCCGCUACGCCCAAUCCCAUCAUGGAAGAGCCUCCACGAAACCGCGCUGGUAUUGGCGCUCAAACCGAGCCUGCACCGCGCACAUCGUCUUCAUCCUCCAUAUCGUUAACAAACGAUAUGUUCGCAGUUCCCUUUCAAGGGACAGGUCCUUUUUCUCAAACUAUACACGAUUAUGCCCUUGAGAACGACUCGAAAACUGCUCCUUCAUCGCCUCGGACUUUGCGAAAGGCUCUGUCCCAAUCCUCUCUCAACCGACGCAAUGCGCCUUACGCCUCGCCGACGCCUUCAAUACCAAAGACUUCUCCUCUCCAGCUGCCUGCAGAGAAAGUUAAGAAACAACGGAGCUUUCAUCACCCUCGUUUGCCUAUUCCUCCCGUUCCCUUGUCAAUCCGCACUUCUACUUCGUCCAACUCCACCUCUUUUCCAUCCCUGUCAGAUUUUGGCAGCCCACCGCCUAGCGACCACCGGACAAGCUCAACAAGCUCGUUUGGACGGAAAAGGUUGUUUUCAAAUUCUAGCCAGCGACCGUCUACCUCCCAAUGUGUACCAACAUCAGCCAGGGAAGAUGAUAGUCUGUCUAUAUUCAGCCUGCGCUCGGACCCCGAUUCUCAUUUGGGUCCCUACAAGCAUUGGCCGAGCAACAUUACCGCCAGCCCACCCGUACCCACCUCGUCCUCGUUCUGGGACGAGGGCAGUCCCGACAUCGGCCCAACGAGCCCCAGCUCGCGCUCUCAGUCCGAGUACAUGCCCCAGGCCAUCCUCUCACGGGAUGAGCUGGCCAAGAUCGAAGCGAGUGUGGAGAGUUUGAAUACGCUCGAACCGGCAUCAACAUCGUACUCGACUGCGAAUUCGAAUUCGCUCUCGGGUUCGGGUUCGAACUCCCGGAGUCGGGGCUUUUCGCUCCUUUCUGCGUCCACGGUUGCGUCGGAGUUGGAUAUGGAGGAAGAACAUACGGAUCGCGUCCCGGUGGGCUUGUCGCCCCCACCCUCUGCGCGGCCUGGCACCAGGCAGAGGUCGCUCAGGAUGAGCGCGCAGUCUGCGAGCUCGGCGCACUCGAAGGCGUCGAAUAGGUCGGGCGUUUCCUCGGGAGGUGGUUCGCGCGCGUCGAGCCCACCACCGCCUCAGCCGUCACGAUCAACGUCGGGUACUGGGUCUGGGAAUAUCAGACGGAAUGCGGACGCGAGCACGCGUGGGGGUGGAGGCGCGGAAAGCGCCGCCAUCGGUCACACGGGGGUGGCACAGGUGGCGAUGCGAGUUCCGUCGCCUAGUAGCGGGUCGUUCAUGACGAGUCUCCCGCCGCCCCCACGCCAUCGACAGCGCACGCGCGUUUCGUCAAAGCCCGACCUACCCGGCGCGUCUAUCAGUAGUACUGCGUCGACGGUUACUCCGACACCCCCUAUCCCAUCUCCCAUCCCCUCAUUCGCCCCGAUUUCCAGUCCGACCCCUCCUCCAACAUCACUAACGCCCUCGCCCUCGAUAACACCAACGCCUUCGCCCCUAAUUCCCUUUACACCUCCACCCCUGCACCUGUCGUCCUUCCGCAAAUCAGGCGCCUCGUCAAGCACAUUGAGCAUGCGUUCCAAGUCAAGUGUGGAGCGCGCCAUGCACCGGCGAUCAAUAAUGCGAAAGCCGUCGUUCCUGGAAAUUGAGGACGACAGCGAUCAGGAGGACAUUGAGGAUGUGGUGCUUGUGCGGCCGGGCUCCUCGGGCCUUGUGGGAGGGCUCGUACGGCCGCCUCCUAGUGUUGGUGAGGAGGUCGAGGAGGUUAGCGCGAGCUUCUUGGAUCUGGCGAGGGAGUCAUUCGAAACUGCGCGGAGCGAGAGAUGA